AUGAGUUAUUCUCUAAUACUGGUCAUUUUANAGCUUUUGAAAAAUAAAAUAAACCAACCCUUUAAAGUAUAUAAAAAUUGAGACCAAAACUUGGGUUACAAAAGGAUAAAGCUGUCUAAUUAGUUCAAUAAUUUACAAUUAGUGACUUUAGUGAAUUGAAAGCAUUUAAUCAUCCAACAUAAGCCUUUGAAAUUUUUUGUAAGCCUUUUUUAAUGUUAUUUGACAUUCCUUAAAAAAGCAAUGCAAAUUACUGGGCAACACUAAAAUCUUUUCUACUUUAGUAAAAUUCAUGGUCACAAAUUUCAGAAUUUCCCCCUGAAACGUUAUCAAGACAAAAAGUGAAUUAAAUUAAAUAAAUUCUAAAAAGCCCAAAGUUUGAUUUAGUAGUUUUAGCAAAGCUUAGUUCACCUUUAUUAAAAUUUGUCAAUUGGCUUUAAGGUAAACGAAUUGUAAUAAUUAGGCAUUUUAAUAUUACAUAGUUAUUUGAGAUAAUAUUGUUUGGGAGAGAAAGAAGAAAAUCUUUCAGAAGAAUAAUAAUCACUAUUUACAGUCUUAGAUAUUAAAUAAUGCAUUUUAUAUAAAGCAAUAAGAUAUAUCAACUAAAAUAAAUGA